AUGCGUUUCCAAGCUCCUCAAUUGGGCGCCCUUGGGGUUACCUUUACUGUAUUGCGUGCCGCGCAGUUUGUCUCGCUCCUUACCAUCAUCGGUCUCGUGGCCAACUUCAUGAACGAAAUCGUAUCUGCCCAGCGCAACGCUCCGGAUGUGCUCAUUGGCACUCUAGUUGUGGCGAGCACGGCAUCACUCUACAUCGCCAUCAGUUACAUUCUUUACUACGAUGGUCUACUCCCGCUGCUCAUUGCCGGCGUCUUCGACAUGCUUCUCAUGGUCGCAGUAAUCGUUGUAGCCGCAACAGUCGGCAAACCUCUCUCCAAACUUACCUGCGAAGCUCUCCCGGUGGCCGGGACUUCGACGAUCGCCUCCGGCGCGCAGGUGUUCGUCGCCAGCGGCUCCGGGGUAACCUACCGCAGUGUAUUAACCAAGGCCGUUGACUAUUUCACAUACGUCGCCGUCGACCAACCUCACUGCUACGAGAUCAAGGCCGUGUGGGGCCUGAGCAUCGCUCUCUGCGUGCUCUUCGCUUUCAGCACUUUGAUCUGCAUCGGCCUCUGGCGCCGCGUCAAGGCCACCAGCGCGGCUCCGGCCAAGGACAUUGAAGAGGCAGGAAAAGAAAGAGAAGCAGCAGCAGUAGGCGGGCACCAGGAGAAAAAGAGCGUUUCGUUUCAGUUCAUCCCCCCGCCUCCGCACCAGAUUAGAGAUGGCGACGGGGCCAUCACUGGGCCCCUGGCCCUCACUCCCCGCAGCCUCGGCACGGGGACCUUGCACAUCAUCCCCGCUGCUGCUUCCCAUCACCCUACCCUCACGCCAUCCCCCCUCGCGCCCCACCCUCCGGCGCAGGCGGCGCAUGUCCUCAACUUCCGCGGCAUCGACGAGGAUAUCGCCGCGGUCCCGCCCCCGCCCCCCAUGAUAUACGUCGCCCGGCCCGCCUCGAGGGGCAGGUCACUCACAGCGGCCCAGCGCAGGUCCAUCGCCAUGCCCAUGAUUCCCGAAUCGCCCAUAUCCAGAACCAAUCCCGGGAAGUCGUCCACAAACCUGCCGGCCGAGGAGGACUUCAUCCCCAUCAUGCACAAGCGCAUCCCGGAGAAGAUCCAGACCCAGAACCUAGAAGUCCCGCUACCCAGGACGCCAAGGGGCGACGACGAAGACGGCAGCGAUGACGAUGGAUACACGCCCAUCACGCCCGCGCCGUCCGCGUCCUCGCCCAGGCUCAAGACCAAGUUCCCGUCCCUCCCUAGCCCCCGGGACGCGCUCGGCAUCCCCAUCUCCAAGAUCAAGCUCCUCGCGACGCGCUCACGGAGCAGGAGGCACAACAAUAGCAAUAGCCCCGCCGACUACUAUCCUUCGGACCUGGAGCCCUUGAGCCCGUCCGGUGGUCUGCCGGUUCCGGUCGUCCAGGCCGCCAGGGAGAAGCCCGGGCGCAGGACCGUUUGGGGCGUGCUCGAGGGGUGGUGGGAUCUGGGACUGCUGGAGAGGGGGAAGAGUCUGAGGAGGAAGUAAUGAAUGAAGAUGAGAAGUUUUGAAAAAUGGCGUGGUUGUUGUAAUGAAAAAGAUUUUGAUGGGGAGAGAGAAGAGUGAUGAAACAUCUGCAGGUUGGGUUAGGGCGUUUAAAUUUGUUUUCCUUUUGAAGGGAUAAAAACAGGGACUAGAUUGUGUGUGCUUGGGAUUAAUUUGCUCGAAAAUAGGUAAUGCUGGUGAUAUACAAAUAUUAGAUAUUCAAAUAUCUGAGUUGCUGCUUCGGAG